GCGCGGCCUGCUGCGCCGCGAGACGCGGUGGCAUUGGGCCUCCGCGACCGCCGCCGCCGGCCACGGCUUCCACCUCUCGGAGGGGACGUACGACGUGGGCAACAGGAGCGUGGAGAACACACUCUACGCCGCGGGGCGAGUGCGGCUGCUCGACACGGCGGUGGAGUUCCAGAGAGGCGUGGGCCCGGACGUGGCGGCGGAGGCGACGUGGGUAAUUACAGGCGACGGCGUGCAGCUGCGCUUCCGCCGCGUCGAUGCACACGACGGCGAGCUCCACUUCGGCCUCGUGGAUGGCAACCUGGACCACGCGUGGGGCGUAUUUGAAGGCGCCAUUGAAGUCGACGGUGCGACGUAUGUCUUUGACAACGUGACAGGCGUGCUGGAAAGGCACUACGCGCUGUGGUGA